UUUCGCUCAUGGGCAGGAAGCGGGAGAGUUCGCCGCCAUGGAUGUGACAGUCGUGCUGUUUAAGCCGUGAUGGGCGUUUCGAGGCCAGACAGUCCAGCGGGAGGUCGGGAGGAGGUUCUGCGCGGCGGUGUUUGAGGCUGUGGCAUUGAUGUACUGUGAUGAAGCCUAGGAUAUCCCAUGUCAAACAGUCUCUCUGUCAUGGGAGCCCCCACUUACCCUCAUCAGCCCUGUGCCCCUGACAUCUCUAAGGACUGAAAAAAAUCUACUAGGCAUCUACCCUUUUGGAAGAGAGUAGAAAAUCAUGAAGUCCCAGGUUUUAGUAUCAUUCAAGGAUGUGGCUGUGGAUUUCACCCAGGAGGAGUGGCAGCAACUAGACCCUGCUCAGAGGACCCUGUACAGGGAUGUGAUGCUGGAGAACUAUAGUCACCUGGUCUCAAUGGGUUAUUCAAUUUGCAAACCAGAUGUCAUCUCCAAGUUGGAACAGGGAGAGGAUCCAUGGAUCAUACAGAGAGGCAUAUCAUAUUGGAUCUAUCCAGAUGAACAUCAGGCAGAUUGGAGACAAGACAGGAAGAGUAACCUUCACAACUCCCCCUCCUGUGUUUCGGGGACUAUUUCUUUCCAUAAUAAGCUACUGAAAGGAGUUACAAAGGAUGGUUCCUUGUACUCGAUUUUAAAAGUCCCUCAAGAUGAUGACCACCUGCAGAGAUGUCAGGAAGACCAAGAGGGACUUUACAGACAAGUCACAUUCGUUAACAGCAAAACAGUGGCUGAGGAAUCAAGCCAUAAAUAUAAUGCACUGGGAGAAAUAUUUCAAGAGUUCAUAAAGCCAGACAUACCGAGACAAAGACUGCAUAAAUAUGAUUUACUUAAAAAGAAUUUAAAACCAAAUAUUGAUCUACCUAGCUGUAAUAAGAGCAGUUCAAGAAAAAACUUUGAUGAGAGUUUUGGAUGUGGAAAAUCAACUAGCCCCAGUGUAUCCAAUUCUAAUCUUGAGAAAGUUCAUAAUGGAGUAGUAUCCUUUGAUGGUGAUCAGCAUGGAAACAUUUUCAGCUUUAAACGAUCCCUUAAUCAAUGUCAGACCGUUGAAACCAAGGAAAAAACCUGUAUAUGUGGUACGUGUGGAAAAGCCUUUGCUAAGAAGUCACAGCUUAUUGUACAUCAAAGAAUUCAUACUGGAAAGAAACCAUAUGAUUGUGGUGCAUGUGGGAAAGCCUUCAGUGAGAAGUUUCAUCUCAUUGUACACCAGAGAACUCAUACUGGGGAGAAACCUUACGACUGUUCUGAAUGUGGAAAAGCCUUCUCUCAGAAAUCAUCUCUCAUUAUACAUCAGAGAGUUCACACUGGAGAAAAACCAUAUGAGUGCAGUGAAUGUGGGAAAGCCUUUUCCCAGAAAUCACCCCUCAUUAUACAUCAGAGAAUACAUACUGGAGAGAAACCUUAUGGAUGUAGAGAGUGUGGAAAGGCCUUCUCUCAGAAGUCUCAGCUUAUUAUACAUCAUAGAGCUCAUACUGGAGAGAAGCCAUAUGAGUGCACUGAAUGUGGGAAAGCCUUCUGUGAGAAGUCACACCUCAUUAUACAUAAAAGAAUUCACACUGGUGAGAAACCCUACAAAUGUGCCCAGUGUGAGGAAGCCUUCAGUCGGAAGACAGAACUCAUCACACAUCAGUUAAUUCAUACUGGGGAGAAACCCUAUGAAUGUACUGAAUGCCAGAAAACAUUUUCCCGGAAGUCACAGCUCAUCAUACAUCAUAGAACACACACUGGAGAGAAACCCUACAAAUGUAGUGAAUGUGGCAAAGCCUUCUGCCAGAAAUCACACCUCAUUGGACAUCAGAGGAUUCAUACAGGAGAAAAACCUUAUGUAUGUACUGAAUGUGGGAAAGCCUUCUCUCAAAAGUCCCACCUUCCAGGACAUCAGCGAAUUCACACAGGAGAGAAGCCUUAUAUAUGUGCUGAGUGUGGAAAGGCCUUUUCCCAGAAGUCAGAUCUUGUUUUACAUCAGAGAAUUCAUACUGGGGAAAGACCCUAUCAGUGUGCUGUAUGUGGGAAAGCCUUCAUUCAGAAGUCACAACUCACUGUACACCAGAGAACUCAUGCAGCAGCAAAGUCAUAAUGAAGUGACCACAGAAAAGCUUUCAGUGUUAGUUCAAGCCUUAGUGAUGAGCAGAAACCCAAUUCAUUUGAUAAAUUUGGGUACAGCAUCUCUACAUUAAAUUUUACAUGGAAGCUCAUGUUUCUAGUAUGGUGAUGCCUAACUUUUUCAGUACAGAUGAUAGAAAGUAAUUUUAUAAAUGAAGGACAUUUUUAACAUGACAUGUAAACCUUUUAAAGCAUGAGGUGAAUGAUCAGUAAAGUAUGUGUACAGCGUAUUGUAAAGUUACAUAUUCCUUACACCACAUAACAAUAAUAAGGCAUUGUGAAAUUGCUAAUAUUAGCUUUGUGUAAUUAUGGCCAAAUAGGAUUCCCUGUAAAGGAUAUGUUAGAAAGCUUUAGUGAAAAGCAAAAGCAAAGCAUCAAUUCCCGAAAACUGUAUUAUGAGAAGGGUCUUGAUAUACCCCUAAAACUACAUGUAAAAUCUGUAGAAAAAUGGAAAGGUGGGUUGAUCAGAUUCAGUAAAGUAUAUGAAUUUUCUUUUCUCCGGCUUGUAAAUUCAUCUACAUCUUUGGAAGAACACUGGGCCUUGAAAUUGAUGGAUUUUGACCAAGUUUUCUACUGUACUCUGCCCAGCUAGGAACUUGAUGUGGUGGGAAGACUUUGGCCCUAGAGUCAUAUGAGUCUUGGAUUUUAAUCCUGAGCCAACUAAUCACAGGUUAUAUAACUUCAGGAAAGUCCACUUCACCCAUUGGA